AUGUCGGAGAUGCUCAUGACGGACUCCGUGUCCCUUGUCCGACGAAGGAUUGAACACUCAUCUCUGGCCUUCCAGGACGAGACUUUGAAUUCUGUGGUGACACUCGCCGCCAUAGAGCAUGGUAAGGGGAAUGUUGACGUGAGUCGUAUGCACAUCGAGGGCAUCAAACGCAUUGUUGAUGUCCGCGGUGGAAUCGGCGCUGUGAAACGCACAAGCCCUCUCACUGCUGGCAUGGUAUCUUGGGUGUCUCUACUUGUUAUGGGAGCCCCUCAGUUCGAUGUUCAAGAGGGAUCUGAGAGAGCAGAUGGGAUCGAAGCAACCCCGCAGUGGGAGGCCGCUGCUCCCAGUGAGGCGACUCUGGGAGAUUUCAGUGAGCAGCUCAAUCUGGAUCAGGCCAUUGCGGAUGUUCUCGCCCGUCUUCGGACUAUAUACCACCAACCGGCGAUCUCUAAAUUGACGACGAACGAAAUGCAUGAUCUCACGGGCUUUGUCAUGCACAAGUUGCUGCUCCUGCCUCCUUUCGUAUCUCUGGAUGAGGCGCGAGCAGCCAGUUCAGAAUGUCUUCGCUACAGCCUGGCGCUCUACAUACUGGUCAUACGUGGUACCACGUACUACUCGCAUUACGACUUGGCAAACAUCAUUCUCCUCCAGCUCCGGAUGCACCUCGAGGCAUUGAGCCAGACCUGCCACCGGUUUGGCUCACUUUGGCUUUGGACAAUUACCAUGGCCUUGGCUGCGCCAGUUGGUCUGACUAAUCUGCAAUGGGCUCGCGAGGAAGCUUGCACUGCUGCCCGAGCGAGGGGCCUCCGUGCAUGGAGGCAUGUGGUUGUCCAUCUCGAGAGCAUCAUGUGGAUCAAGACGGCCCAGGAAAGCAUGUUCCAGCAGAAGUGGGAGGUGGUGUUGAGCCAAACAUGGCAGGGAACAGGGCUAUCCAUGCCUGCGUCCUGUCUAUCAGGCCAUGGUGCAAGAAAGCAUGAAGUCGGUGGCGGCCAAUGGCACACAGGCCACAGAACUCGGCAUCGCGAACCGAGCAGCUGGGCUUGUUACAAGAUGUUUCUUGGUGUCAACCCCGUGGCAAAUAUUGACGACUCUUCUGCUUGCGGCGGUUUCAUGUACCAAUGGAGAAAAGGCCCGAUCGCUGGGCCUGCUUUCAAGAUUCCCUUCAUGGGCACGUUCAUCGACGCUAUCCUCCCCAGAUUCGACAGAUUUGUCGUACUCGCCUCAGAUCGAGACCUUGCCCACAAGGUCUUCAAGUCCCCUACAUAUACCAAGCCUUUUAUUGUCCCAAUGGCGAACAGGGUCCUGACCCCGAAUGCGUUGGUCUUCCUCAUGGGCAAGGCUCACACAGAGUUCCGCAAAGGACUCACCGGUCUCUUCACCAACAAAGCACUUAGCACAUACCUUCCGGUUCAAGAAAAGGUGUAUUCCGACUUCUUCGACAAGUUUGUUGCCACCAGCGAAGCCCACGGAGGGAAGCCAACUGCCUUCAUGGCCUUGUUCCGCGAAAUCAACUGCGCCCUCUCUCUACGGACUUUUUUCGGCGAUUACAUUUCUCACGAGGAGGUAGAGCGUGUAACCAAUGACUUUUAUGUAGCCACCGAAGCUAUGCAAGAUCUUGUCAAUAUCCCUUUCGCCGAGUACAUCCCUUAUACAAAGGUGUGGCUUGGUAAGCGCGUGGCGGACAGGGUACGAGCAGAAUUCUGCAAUUAUGCUGCGGCGAGCAGAGCAAACAUGGCAACGGGCGCCCAGCCGAACUGUAUCGUGGAUCAAUGGGUCCAGCACAUGCUCGAGUCGAAGCGAUAUCAAGAGAGAGUUGCCGCAGGUGAAGAAGGCUUGCAGAAGCCGACCAACCUGAUCCGAGAAUUUUCCGACUACGAGAUAGCCCAGACCUUGUUUACGUUUCUCUUCGCCUCGCAAGACGCCUCUAGCAGCUCGACUACCUAUCUCUUCCAGGUUCUUGCACAGCGACCGGAUGUUCUCGACCGACUGCGUGCCGAAAACCUCGCUGCCAGGGGCGGUGAUACUCACAAGCCUGUCGACCUUGCAAUGCUCGAGUCUCUUACAUACACAAACGCCGUCGUCAAAGAACUCCUGCGUUAUCGUCCGCCCGUUAUUUUUGUUCCGUAUCUCGCACACAAAGCCUUUCCCGUCACGCCCGACUACACCGUCCCAAAAGGUUCUAUGAUUAUCCCCUCUUGCUACCCUGCGUUGCACGACCCGGAAGCAUAUCCAAACCCCGAAGUGUUCGAUCCGGAUAGAUGGAUCACUGGAGAUGCCGAGUCCAAAACAAAGAACUGGCUUGUUUUUGGGACCGGAGCACAUGAUUGCUUGGCAAGAAGAUAUGUACCGCUCACAAUGACGGCAAUGAUUGGAAAGGCGUCCCUUGAGCUGGACUGGGUCCAUCACCCUACACCCCGAUCCGAAGAAAUUAAAGUGUUUGCAACUCUAUUCCCUAUGCUAUUAGGAUGGUUGCCCUCUGGUAUUCACGAAGAGGGUUGA